AUGAACCGCACUUCGAUGAGUCUCUUGAGGAGCUCAAAAUACCUGGCAAGGAACGGCGCAUCCAUAUCGCAACGACGAUUUGCAUCCUCAGAAACUCCUUCACCUACUCGCACCUUCUACAAAACUUUCACUCGCCCUAUCGCAAAAACUCUCCUGAUGGCAACUUUCAUAUAUCAAUUGACCUAUUGGGGCUGGGUGAAAUUGGAGAAGGAUGAAUUGAAAGCAGGCAAACGUAGGGAAAUAAAGGAACUCGAGGAGGAAUUGGAGAAAAUCAGUGGAGGCGCUAUCAAGGGCGAAGAUGUGAAAGUCAAAGGUAUCUAAGGAGAGUUGGUGAUACCUAUGCGCGGG